AUGGGUAUGCUCAGCUCGGUGCUCAUGUUAGUCCCUAAUAGAAGGUAUGGGUAUGCUCAGCUCGGUGCUCAUGAAGAUCGGAAUAUGGGAUUAGUACCUUUCUUUGUGUCAGCAACUCUUGGAACCACCUCUUGCUGUUCGUUUGAUGCAAUACACGAGAUCGGACCCAUCUGUCAGGAAGAGGGUGUGUGGCUUCAUGUUGAUGCUGCCUAUUCAGGAAGUGCAUUUAUUUGUCCCGAGUUCCAACAUUUGUUGAAAGGUAUUGAGCAUGCCAGUUCUUUCAACAUGAAUCCCAAUAAAUGGAUGCUUGUUAAUUUUGACUGUUCCACCUUGUGGGUUAAAGACCGGUUUAAAUUGACUCAGGCCCUUGUAGUUGAUCCCUUGUAUUUACAACAUAGCUAUUCCGAUAAAUCCAUUGACUACAGACACUGGGGAAUUCCUUUAAGUAGACGUUUUCGUGCAUUGAAACUGUGGUUUGUUAUCCGAAACUAUGGUAUCGAAGGUCUGCAAAAGUAUAUAAGGGAG